AGUUCCUAGUAGAGGAGGUCCGUCCUGUCGUCAACACGCUUUUUGGCCUGACUCUAAUGUGAUUGUAUGUGUGUAACCCAAGUAGCCAAUUAGGCGAGUUAGUGAAUAUGCGAAGUGGCAAACUAAUACACUCAGGCACAAUAAUGUGUCGUUCGUAGGGCACGUGGAAGAAAGUGGCCCAGUGACACAGCUAUUGUAAGGCAGGUGGAAUCACGGAAGUGUGUGUGUGUGGUGUGGCUGCUUGGCCUAACGUUACCACACCAAGUUUACUACUACCUCACUACACACCUCCCAGUAAUAUAUGUACGAGUGCAGUAAUUCAUAGGCAAAAACAAAACAGAAAACCAUGUAAGUGUAGCCAAUAGUCCUCCAGCCGUGCUAUGGCGAGUUACAGCUGUGUGGAGUAAGUCAACCACCACCAUGCAGCUCGGUCAUAUAUGUGGGAUUACGUUAUAUCUGCUACUCGUCGCUAACGAUGUGUCGGGCAAUAACUCGCCACCAGUCCUGUCGUCGACCAAAGACUGGCGUGUGGAGGAGGACGAGGAAGUGGGCACCGUAGUGGACCGCCUCAUAGCUUCUGACGUAGAGAAUGAUCCAGUCGUCUUCACACUUGAGUCUCUGCUAUCAGACAAUAUUCAUCAGUAUUUCCGGAUUGAUAAUUCGAACAAAGUUAUAAUUGCAAAGCCUCUUACUGGUUUGGCCAAAUCGAGUGUUACCUCUUACAUCCUGAGGGUGAGGCUUGAUGAUGGACACACACCGGCCAUCACGGAGGUCAGACUCCAGGUCUUCAAGCCUGGCCAAGGAGGUACAAGAGGCCAUGGAGGUACAAGAGGCCAUGGAGGUACAAGAGACCAGUCGGGCAUCAGGGGCAUUGGAGUUCCUGGAAACUUUGGAGUUCCCACUAACUUUGGUGGUUAUGGAGGCUUUAGAGGACAGAAUGUCCCUCCUCCUAUCCCUUUAGGAUCAAAACCUGUUCCCUUCCUGUUGGUGAAGAACAAAAUAUGGAUAGUUCACAGUGAUACUCCAAAAGGAACUCUGGUUAACACUGUGGAGGUACUUGACCUGUCUGGGGAUGGCUUCACAAUCAUCUUAGAACAAGACCAGGAUCUUCUGAAAGUAAACAGUCACUCAGGCCAGGUUACGGUCGCCACCUCUCUUUCCCAACAGGUUGGGAACUACAGUCUGACAGUAAAAGCUAGAAAUGAUAAUGGAGAAGCCUCAGAACCAGUAUUUCUUAUGGUGUUGCCUGCCUUGUCACCACCCUACAGCCCUACACCAGGUACCAAAAAUCACCAGGACCUGAUAGUUGUUGGGGGUAGUCCAGGUGUGAUUGGUAAGACUAAGUUGCCAGCAGGACUAUCCACAGAAUCACCCAUUGAAGUGCCCAGCCAAGAUGUAAGCUUGACUGUUAUCCCCAUUGUGGUAGUGGUGGGUUUGUCUUCACUAAUCAUGGCUGUGUAUUGUUACUGGCGUAGACAACGCAGGAAGGCCCUUGCACAGUCCAAGGAAAGUGCUGUAAUGUAUAACGACAAGGGUGUGGAAGCAGCAGCCACAGAAAUUCCACCAGUAGAACUUGGAGAGCGCCCUAACAUGAAUGGGGAGAGGGGCAACAGUAUACUGGGAUUGGCAGCCCUGUGGCAAAGGAGGGCACGCAGCAACAAGUAUGAGAACAGCAUCAGAGGAGGCAGAGGGAAAAGAAAAGGGAGUGAGAUCUCAACAGCCACAACUGAUGUCUGGGAGUUUCCUCGUCACCACCUGAAGAUAAUGGGAAUCCUAGGAGAAGGAUGCUUUGGUCAGGUGUGGAAGUGUGAAGCUUCAGGACUGAAGGGUGAGAGCUCCAUGUUGGUAGCGGUGAAGACACUAAAGGAGUCAGCGGGGGAAAGGGAGAGACGAGACCUUAUACAGGAACUUAAAGUCCUCAAGAAUCUUGGUCGGCACACUAAUGUUGUGUCACUCUUAGGAUGCUGCACUGAAAAAGACCCAAUCUUCGUGAUCCUCGAGUACAUGUUGGGAGGGAAGUUGCAGAGUUACUUGCGGGCCUCACGGGCAGACACAGCGUACAACAACCUCCACGGUUCUUCCUCCUCUCUCACGCCCAGGGACCUCACACUUUUCACCUACCAGAUUGCCCGAGGCAUGGAGUUCCUUGCUCGCAAUGGGGUAUGUCCAUCAGUCUUAUAUGUGUUUUUGUUUAAAGAAAAUAAUAACAAUCAAGUCUACAUGAGGAAGAGUGAUGGCAGAUUACCCAUCAGAUGGAUGCCACCCGAGUCACUCUUUGACAAUAUCUUCACCACCAAGUCUGAUGUGUGGAGCUUUGGUGUCCUACUGUGGGAAGUCGUUACUUUGGGUUCAACACCAUAUCCAGGGCUGGGAGCAAUAGAAGUAAUGGGGAAGGUGAAAGAAGGUUAUCGUAUGGAGAAGCCCGACCAUUGCCGCAGGGAGGUCUACAACAUCAUGUACUAUUGCUGGGACAAGGACCCUAAGGAGAGGCCUUCUUUUACUGAACUUGUACACACCCUGGAAGGACUUCUGAUGUCUGAAGUGGAAUACAUAGAAUUGGAUCGCUUCCCAGACCAUGCCUACUACAAUGUCAUCACUGAGAAGAAUGAUGAAAUAUUGUAGGGAUAUGGCAGCCUGCUGUAAAUUAUGGAUUUUUACCUCUGAGCACAGGUGCAGGGAAGGGCUGAGAGGUAAGAGCCUCCUGCUUGAGGUUUUGGAAAUCUGUGGCCAACAACAUUAGGACUACGUAUGCAUAAAGAGCAAAUAUUUGUUUUUUAGAAAAUAAUCUACCGUAUCAAAAUUUACAUGUCUAUACAUCUUUAUUCACAUUUGAGGUAAGAAAAUGUUGGACUCAGCAUCAUUUACAGUUUCCUACUUAACCAUAAAUAUUAAUAUGGCAAGGAGCUACAGCCCCAGCCAUUUCUCUGCUCCCACCUGCCACUUCUACCAACCCUCCAGGCAAGAUCCUGGGUACACCACUGUUAUCUCCUGUUGUUACUGUUAUUAGAUGCCAUAUGUAAAGUUGUACUGAAUUAGAAAGUUGCUAGACAUCCAUUUUGUUGUUCUCUUUUUCUGAAUCCCCUGUUCUUAUAUGUCCUCCUCCUUAUCUAUUUAUGCCAGAUAUAUCUUUGUUUUGUUUUCUUACUCAAGGCUUUAUGUUGUGUCCCCACUAGAUAUCGCUGGCGAUAUUGUUUGCUCACUCUUAGAUACCUUCAAACGUAGUUAUUUCAUUCUACAAAAAUCUGCAACCUUAAUAAACUUAAGUUGUGGAUUUAAGAUAUUUAACCUUGUACAUCAGUCAGUACAGUAUUACCUCUCUAUACCAAAAUAAUUGGUGAUCUGCCAGUUCGGUAUUGGGGAUUUUUCGGUAUGAAAAGAAACCAAAAAUCUCAUCCAAUACCAAACAUUGCUCAGUAUACUUACUACAUGGUACAGGAAAAGGUUUGGAAAUUUUCCAUUCAGUCCAGCCAGCAACCUGCCUUUCCUACCAUCUUUCACACACAAAAUUAACUUUACAUUACUCAUUUUUCUUAUUUUAUAAUUUUAUAUUUUAUUUUAUUUAUUUCUAAGUCACAUUAGAGCUUUGCAUUAUAGUACAGUACUGCAUUAUUUUUUAAUAUUUGAGGAGGGUUCGGUAGAGGGUUCACCAUACAGUAUACAAUGAAUUCAUUCGGAAUAGAGGUGUUGUACUGUACUGAAAUCUUAUGGAUUGAUUCGGUAUAGAGAUAAUACUGUACUGAUUAACCUACUCAUUAUUAGAUUCUCUUGGAAAUUUUCUCUAUUAUCAUUUUGUUUCAGUUUAUCCCACCCAUACUGCAUCUCAGGAGCCUCUUAGCAUGUGUAUUAUUCCUGUUUAUGAUACUUGUUGAUGGUCAUUGUUGACCUUAUACAUUUUAUACCCAUAUUUAAGCAAUGUAAGCACUAUACUAUAUCAUGUUGUAGUGUAAUGACAUCCUAUCAAGUGGUAGAUACAAAUUCUAGUGCAAUAAAGAAUCAUAUAAAAUAUAAUUACAAACAUUAAAACAAGAGAAUGGGCAUCUCAUUAUUACUACCUUUUUUUUAAUACAAUUCUAUGUUGUUCAUUCACUGGCUUCACAAUCGUGCGAGUGUAAUUUAUUUUAAUAAAUAUAUCACAGAAAAUGCUUUGUAGAAAUUGCGAAUAUAUUCUUCCUUGCAAUUUUCAAUAAAUAUUCUAUGAUUCUAAUUAUGGUACAAGUACAGUAUGUGAAUACAUGUUGCCGAUUUAGAUUCUUAUUUUCUGCUGUUUUUCUGACUGCAUUAAAAAUCCUGAUAAAAACAAUGAGCAAUAUUAACUAAAUAGGCCAGUUUUCAAGAUGGCAUAGGACUGCUUUCAUGCAAAGUGUAUGCCACUCACGUGUUAUGAGCAUGAUGUAAGAAAACUUUCAAAGUAUUGAUAGUACAGCACACUAGUGACUUUGAGAAGGGUGUUAUCCAGUGUGACCCUACUAAACAUUGCUGCUAAAUUCAUGGGAUACAGUACUAACCUAAUUCAACAAACUUAACACAAGUUGGUAGGGGUAAUUAUUUGUUUUAGUUAUACAGCAAGUCAGUCAGUGCUUUAACUUGUUACAUACAGUAUAUGCCAGACCAAAACUGAACAAUGGUCAGUGUUCCAUUUCUACUAGCCUAAGGGAACAAUAAUUACCCAUUAUUUACUUAUUUGGGAGAAUACUUGGCAAUUCCUCUGCAACUACAUUUGAACUCCCACCAUUUUGACUCGAAGACGAAAAACAAUUGACGAUCAAUGUACUGUACAGUAUAUAAGUAGAAAACUGGCUCAUUCCAUGAAAAAUAGAGUAACUCUUCUCAGUUACUAGUACUGUACUGUAUUGAAAGUGGUGAUGAUAAAAAGAUUACUGUAAUAUAUCCACAAACUUUCAGAGAUACAUCAAAAGUCAUAGGUAUAUUGUGCUUCAACAGCUGAUUAUGAAUCCAGGAAUGAACAUGAAGAAUGACAAAAUUCCAAUGUGAUGUCAAUUCUCAAAACCUUUACCUAAAACUACAAACUAUAUACAGUCAACCCUCGCUUUACGCGGUCCCACAUUCCGCGUUUCCACGUUUACGCGGUACCCUGCCGAAACCGGAAUGCUCAC